AUGGAUCAGAAAACCCAGAUGUCAGUACAAAAUCAAGGCCCCCAAUCCGAGGUAGCAUCCUCAAAAAACAAAGCCAAGUCCAAAGGUAUUGCUGAUCCAAAAACCCAGGGAAAAUCCAGCAGGAUUGCUCAUGUUUUCUGGGGAGACUUGACGGUCAACAUAGCCAAAAGGGUGAAUGUGUACACAUUCGGGAGAGACCGCCCCCCGCCGUCAGGUGCAGAGGAGCCACAAUUAUGGGUGGGGUGGAGCCAAGUAAAUACCGUUUGUUGCUAUUUUUCUGGUCCAGUUUCUACUUGCGGGAAGAGCUCUGGAUCAUCCGGUGGCCUUGAGGUUCGAAGACGAAUUCCUUUAAAGCUCAUUUCUAAGCAGGUGAGUAAAAGCACUGUGUCUCAUAUUCCAAGGACUAUGAAUGGGUCGCCUGCUGGUGGAAAAGAAUUUGAACGUAAUGGAGGAGGGCGGUAUGACUGUAAAGGGGGUGAGCUAUUGGGAAGAAAGAAAACAUUUCCUGAAUGCGUUUGGGAGGACUUUAAGAUAAACAUCAUAGGUGAAAAGUUUGAUUUACCAGUUCAUUUCUGUGACAAAUGUGAUUUGCCUUUUAAAAUCUAUGGGCGUAUAAUUCCGUGCAAGUAUCUUUUUUGCUAUGACUGUGCUAAUUUAUAUGAAAGAAAAGGAGGUAAGAUAUGACCAGGCUGUAGUAUUCCUGUGCUGCGAAUUGUGGAGCAUACACGAGGUUCUGUCUUCAUGUGUAGCGCUGGCCAAGAGUGCAGGAAAACUUAUUUGCCUCAAAGAGAGUUAGAAGCUCGUAUCAACUACCACCAUAAGAGAGCUAAAUAA